CUACGCAGGUCAUAAAAAUGUUUAGUUUAUUUGGAGAAUUCAAAAAGUUAGCACCGGUAUGAGAGUCUUCGGAACUAUUCUUCUGUUGGCAAUUUUAGCCCUAGAUGUGUGCAAUGCAGUAAAAUGUGUUUUAACGUGUCAUACAUCAGCUGGCGACUACGAAGUCAUUGAGAUAUAAGUUGUGUGCGAUCUUUAAAGCUAUAAACUAUAACGGAGCAUUAAAUGAAUGUUGGAUAAUACUGCAAUAAAAUAUAUAUUGGAUUUAAAAUCAUUAUUCAUACCUGUGGAAACAGAUGAAUAAUUUACGCUAUUAUUAUUGGUAGUAUUGAUAUGCAAUGAGUUUUUCUUAUUACGUCUGUCUCUUCUAUCCAAUCGAAAUCUCUAGUCUGACUACCAACCGCAAUAAAUUACAGAAAUCAAA